AUGCCACCAGGCCGCCCUCAGCAAGUGCCCAGGGAGAUGCCCUCAGCGGGGCGGGGGGCACAUGCCCCACCCGUCCAGCCCUGGGUCUGGGCCCCUUCCCAGUGCCAGAGGUCAACGGGGAAAGCCAAGCAGCGCCAGGGCGGGCAGGCAGAGGCGGGAGGACGGAAUGAGGGCGCGCGGGGUGGGACACCGUGGAGCGAGGUGGAGAAGCCCCCACCCCACCGCACCCCCCGGACCCCUCCUCUGCGCUCCGAGGCCGCGUUGCCAGGCACCCUAGAGCGCCCCGACCCCCACCCGCCCCAGCACUGGCGACUCUGCCCAGCGGCGCAGGACCUGGGCGGCUCCAAGGUCACAGCGGCGGGGCCACCGCUCCCGGAGCCGGUGCCGCCGCGUAAACAGGCGCUGCCCGCGGGGUCCUGCCGAACCUGCCCGGACGCGACGGUCCGAAGCCCGGCCCGGCGGCGCAGCGCGGUCCUCUCCGCCCCAGGGCCGCCCGGGGAGGGUCCCUCUGCGGAAAGCGUCCUUACCCGGAGCCGAGGUCUCAGCAGAGGGACUGGCGGCGCCGGCGCCGCGGUUUUAUCUCCGGGAGGGGGUCCACCUAUUGACGGUGCGGCGCAGUGCACUGCGCCCUGCAGUACGGCAAUGCGGUACCGGCGGGGAGGGCGGGGCCGCGGCGCGGGGACGCGGGGCGCCCCGGAGCGAGCGCGGCGCGACAGCGAGCGCGGGCUGGGAGCCUGGGGCAGGGCGCAGGAGGGCGAGGGCCGGGGGUGCAGAGGCAGCGAGACGGGCGGCGGAGGGGGAGCCGGAAAAUGCUCCAAGCCCCUCUCAGGCAGCGGUGUGACAGAACAGGUCCACAGCCCAGGCCCUGACCCUGAUGCAGUGCCUGCCAGGGAGGAGAGCAGCACAGAGGGCAGCACGGAGCUGCAGACCCCCUGGGGCCUCCUGACCCCCGCACCGCCCCGGGACUCCCUCGGCCGCCUCAGCUGCCUGCUGAGUCUGGAGCAACAGUGCGCGCUCUGGCUCCAGCCGCUGGAGACUGCGGCGGACUCCGGCCCUCGGGGAGCAGACCUGCGGCCCGGGUACGCAGACCCAGCUGGAGGACCCAGACCGGAAGUGCGCGUCUGCUCGGGUCCCGGGCCGGCCUGGCUGCUCGCGGGCGGCCCCAGACAGGCCGAGCCGGGACUGCACUGCGCGCGCAGGAGUCCUGGCCCAGGUAGGCGGGCCGGGGCCUGCGGCGUCCAGCAGCAGCUCCUGCGGAAGCGCCGAGUACCCCGGGGAGGCCAUCCCCCACCACCCGGGUCUCCCCAAGGCCGACCCAGGUCACUGGUGGGCUAGCUUCUUCUUCGGGAAGCCCACUGCCCCGUUCAUGGCCACAGUUCUGGAGUCCGCGGAGCACCCGGAGUCCCCGCAGGCUCCCAGCAGCGUGGUCCCCGGUGGCCUGGCUUCAGAAGCCGCAAGGAAGCAGCCGCUCAGCCAGGCCAGUCAGGCCAACACCAGGCCCUCGUCCUAACCUGGCCGUGCCACCAGCCCAGGUUUCCCAGCUGCCAGGCUGGAACCCUGCCCACCGACCCCACCCUGUAGACUAGGCAGGCUACAGCAGGUGAACACACCAGAACACCAGCCACCAGCAAGAGGCUAGAGACUUCUGCUCUCCAGGCUGCACUGAGCUCUCCUAACUCUCCUACAGCACGAAAUAAACUGCAAGCAGCCACAGCCCGGA